UCCAACAGAGGAAAGUUUACUGUGUUGGAAGACACAAGCUGCAGAAUUAAACCUGGUUGCACAGAACACCCACCAUGGCCUGGUGGAAUUUGUACCAAGUGUCAACCAAGUGCUAUCACAUUAAAGAGACAGGUAAAUAGUGGAAGCCAAUGCUGCAGAGAAACAUCAUGAGAUAGACAAUAGAAAACAGUCAAGCAAAAAAAGCAUAGGGUAAAAACAGAAAGGUCCAGAGCCGUGUUCCAAGCUGUGACAGUUUUGGUCACCAUGGCAACUGAAACGGUAGAGAAAGUUACCAAUUUGGCGAUGUCUGUUCUAUUUGGCGGUAUAGAUGCUCUAAGCUGUAGUUUUUUUUAUAAGACCUUGUUUAUGGUCUUUUUUAAGUUUCAGUGAAAUCGUGAAACAUUUCUACGAGAUAUUAUUUGUGCUACAUUUUCUUUAUAAUAUUCUCUGUCACCCUGGUUUCUCUAGUAUUAAGCCUUGAGAUUUCGUUUGUGCCUCCAAAUUGGAUUGCCACAGUUGGGCAGCCAUUUUGAUUACUUCUCUUUGACUAUUCACGUAACAUUUCACAAAUUUGAGCUACAGAUAUGGGUCAUGUCAUGUAAUUUGGGUCACCAACUCAAUCUGAGGACUGGUGAUAAUUCCGGGAAAAACUGUUUGUGUUAUUUGAGAAACAACUUAGCAUUGUUCUGAUCUACUUGCAGACAUACAGACAUGUAGACAACAUCUUGUUUGAAAAUCCCUUUAUUGUGGAACCAUUUCUGAAUUACUGGAGGAAAACAGGAAAUCAGGUACAGCUGUUAUUCUUCCGUGUUUAUCAAUUAAUCCAUCACUUCAACAAGACAAAAAAGAAGCCUAAUUUUAAUAUAUUGCAUUUCACCCUUUUUAGAGGUUAGGAUUUCUUUAUGGCCGUUAUGAGCAUCACAAAGAUGUCCCUCUUGGAAUAAGAGCAUCUGUGGCUGCCAUCUAUGAGCCCCCACAGGUAAGUCCAUUUCUGAUUACUUUUGGAGACAAGGCUUUAAGUGUUAGAAUAAGCACUCAUUAAUUUUUGCUUUGGGCCAAAGUAAAGUUUAUUUGGAACAAUUUAGUUUUUGAGGCAAAGUCGCCACUAAACGGCUGUUCUGUUUCAAGCCCUCCCUAGUCAUCCAGUCUUACAUUUAGUUCAUAUUUUAAACGCAAAUGAAACAUUUUAACAGUUUAACCACUUUAUGAAAAGAGUUGAUGAGAUGUCGUAUCUUAAGUUAGUUUAGUGUGGGCGGUAAGUAAAAUAUUGAUACUUUUAGCUUGUACAAGGUUCUCAGGUAGUAGGGACGUCAUGAAAACAAGCUCAAGGGAAAAUAGAACGCGUGUGAUGUGGGAAGAGGGGGUGGCGGCAGGCUUUCCCUUCCCCCAGCCCCGCGUGUUUUUCGUGUCAGUUUUCACAGUCGCUGCGCAUUACUAUCUUUGGAGCCCGAAACACGCUUAAUGUUCCCAUGGUCCUUUGCGCGAUACUCCUUAUCGCUCGAAGUCUCGUUUUCUACCAGACACUUAAGUCGCCUAGGAACGAGGCAGUGAUCAGGCUAUAUUGCUUUCUAUCAGAAAACUGCCUUUUCACAUUCAGAAAAAAGUAAAAAAUUGCCCAAUUUUGAUAUUUCAGGAAGGAACUCCAGACAGCAUAAAACUCUUAUCAGACCCUAAUGAAGAAGUAAUCGACAAACUAGCUGCAGACUUGGGUCUGCAGAGGGUAGGUUGGAUAUUCACAGAUCUCAUGGCAGAUGAUGUCAGGAAAGGAACCGUAAAACAUCUGAGAGACAUUAACACUUUCUUUCUCACUGCCGAGGAAUGCAUCUUAGCCGGUCACCUGCAGAACCUUUAUCCAUCACCUUGUAUAUUGUCUUCGAGUGGAAAGUUUGGGUCCAAGUUUACCACAGUUGUUGUAUCAGGUCUGUAACUAAAGAGCUUUACUUAGAUUUGAGGACGAGAUUUAACUUAAAGUUUUUCGGGUAUUCUCAAAAAAUUGACAUCCCGGAAAGGUUCAUUGUACCUUUUUUCACCAGAACAGUGCGGUUAUUUUUAUUGGAGGGGCUUAAGCCCCCUCACGAUCACAAAAUAAUAAAACUUCUGACAUUUGAAACCUUUUAUCCGCCACUGCGACAUUCUCGCUACACUGCUCGUGUUAGAAUGACGACGACUAUCACGUUUUCCCGCCAAAAUGACGCUGGUUCUUGCUCGCGCACUACUUAGUAUUGAGAAAUCUCUUCUUCGUAGUUGUCCUCGUGUUAGAGUCCAAAGGGUUGCUAUUCUUGCAGUAUGUUGUACUUUACUCUGUUAGCGGUUAAGGAACCUUACGUCACUAGGGUUUCACUAUAAUAUCAUAAAUUUAAUCAGUUUUUCGAUUGAGUAGAUGAACGAACAUGUCGAUUAAUUUACACUGCGGUUAUUUCGGUGUGAAAUAGAAAAUGUUAUAUGCAGCGAAAGUGCAAAAUAGGCCAUCAUUAUAAUCCAAGAUGGUUGCCGUUUGCAGUUUACGUCGUUAUUUCUGAUAAUUCGUCUGGAAUACGGAAACGUUAGCGACGGUACAAAAUAGCUGCUUUUAUAUUAUUUUUUUUCCUUUUACUAACUUUCCAUUGCGUUUUAGCUAAAGCUUUGAUCAUGAUUCCAGCGUCGCGUAAUUUUUACUUGCGUAAGCAGGUGAAUUUUACGCGCGUAAAUAAAAUAGAGGCAAUGUAUGGAAGGAUCGCACGUAAAAAACGUUAAGCGACAGUGGAAAUCUACCCUUACAUAGGACGCGAACAUCAUUCCGUAUGAAUGGCGUAGAAAGACAGCUCCUAUUUUUCUCUCGUAUAAAUGGUACUACUAUCUUCUUGUCCAGGUAACAUGGACAAUCAAGUUGGAUUUGACGGGUUUCAAGUUUCUAACCAGUGCAUGGCAUUAGUACGUGAUGAGUGCCUCGUACCUACAAUUGAUGAACCAGGCUUAGGCUACAUACGGGAAUCCUCAAGUGAUCAGUAUGUCCCGGAUGUUUUCUACAAGGUUAGAUAUAUAGGUUGGUAGAAUCUCCUAGGAGAGUGCUGCUUUCUACGCUAAUAAUUCUUUAUCUGUGUUUCCAGACUGCUGAUUCUUACGGUAAUGAAGUAACACUACUUGCGCGACCUAUGCCAAUCGAGUAUGUGUUAGUUCAGGUGGGUGCUGUUGGGUAUACAUGUCGUUUUGAACCUAGCCAUGUUUUAGUUAAAUUUUCUAACUUCAAAAGCUGGCGUUGUUGAGACACUUCCUUCCAACACCCUAUGGUGGAUACUUGCAUACUACAGGCAUCUUGUUAUUUAAUUUUGAAAUAAAACUAGAGCUGAAGUAUAAUCUUUAUAGUGGUAUAGGUUGUUUGAUUCGUUAGUAAAUCCAAAGGAGCACAGAAUUAGGCACCGAAACUUAUUUCGUGGUUGUCAAGGUUUCGUACUUCCACGCAUUGUAAUUGGCUGUGAAAUCUAGCGUUACUCUUCAUCGUAAUUACAAGUCAAUUAGUCGUGAUAUUGCUCGCGUUUGGCCUGCGAUUGGCAGCCGGCUACAUUCUUUAUAGUAGUAAUAAUCAAAGAUUACGUAGUGCAUUGGACCGAUCUCGAUUCCGGGCUCACUGUUCUGUUGCCUGGUCCUGUGGUAAGUCGCUGAUGACGUCAUAAUGUCCGUUCAAUCAACAAUGGUUGUCCCAUACAUAAUUCUCACUCUAAUCUGCAAUAGUAGUGCGUUCUUCUUCGUCGAACAUAGUUACUUAUAAUUUUGAUCGUUUGUUUGGAUUAUUGCGUGCAUCCGUGGUGACUGACGGAGUGACCACAGUGUUGGCAAUAGUAAAUGAGGAUGGAUAGUGAAAUACUCACGUGUAGUCUUAGCAACUAAGUUGAUAGGACUAAGAAUUUGUUUUGACUGUAAUGAUUCACCUUGUUUGUGACAGGUUCCAGCCGCCUUUCCUGUCGAAUCACAGUUCACCUUCACCAAUCAAAGUGAAGGAGAACCGUUUCCCUUAGAAAACCGUUCAAGUAUGGGAGAACUUCAGGUACAGCAGUUCUUUGUUAUUUCUGGUUGAAUGGUCUGUAUUUUAUGCAAAUUUGACGUUUUAAAUCUAGUCCCUAUUUAUUAUUCCUGCCAAUAUCUUUUACACGGGGAAUUUCACUAUUAGUAUGGUCUAUGUUUUUUGGUGUUGUGGUUGUUUUAUUAACGACUAUUGAUUUAAAGUUUUUUUUCCUGUACAGGAUUUUAACGCGUUAGUGAGAUACUUAAACCAGUUUUCUCCAGAUCAGUUCCUUACAGCCAUGUCUAAUUUUCAUCUUUUGGUUUUCUUGGCAACUUGUGAUAUGCUUCCUUUAAAAGUAAGUACAGCCAGCCGGUAGGGCGUAUUGUUUUGUACACGUUUGUGACUGGAGAAAAAUUCACGCCUUUAAUGUUGAGAGAGACGCGGGGUCAUGUUGCGGAGAAUUGUUGUAGGAACAAAAUAAUUGACUAAGUCGUCUGCAGUACGUUCAGGGAUAUAGGUAACAGGGACGUGAAGCGAGGACAAAAUCACGACAGUACGCGCACGGACGUAUGUUAAGAACGUGCAGCGGAGGCCAAGUCACGUGCAACGCACACACACACAAACACCCUUGUAACAGGAACGUGUAGCGGGCAUAUAGUCACCCUCAGUAAAACUUGUAACAGCGACGAAAUGACGUGCAGCAUGCCCAUGAGGAAGCGUACCGGGAAAGAAUCACGUGUUGUACACAGAUGGAACAGGGACGUAUACCACUGAGGACAUAGCAGGGACAAAACCACAAUGUACGCGCAUUCAAGAAAAUAUUGCAAAAAUUGGAUGGUUUGCCACGCAACAAUUUUAAUUAGACACGAAGCGUUUUCUACGAAAAGAAGUAGCUACAUAUAACUAAUUAUUAUAUACAUCCUCGCCCUUGUUUCCACUUAGUGGUACAUGCAAUCCCAUUAAAUAAAAUAAGAAAGCAGGUGUGGAUCCCUCGAGUUCAACACUAGGCCAUGCCCUUGCACCUUGGACCCUCUUGUCUACCCGACGCUGCAAAGUGUGAGUUAACGUUACUUUAUGUCAUUUGCAAGGGUCACCUGGAAGAGUUGUGUGAAGCGGUGAAAAAUAAGGAUUCCUUUGCGGCACGCCGAUGGAGCAAGGGUGAGCAGUGGUCUACAGUGAUACAGCUUAUGCAAGCGGCAAACGGUAAGCAACUACUAGUGGACUUCUAUGCUAAACAUAGGCCCUACAAUGAGGGACAAAGGGUUGAGACAGUUCCAUUGAAUGGCCCCUUUUUUGCAUAGUUGACAUCUCUUUCCCCUGCCCCUGUGUACCCCCACCCCACCCCUCCCACAAAUCAUUGUGGUGUUUUAAACCCUCAAAUCUGACUUCAUCUGCAAACAACAUUGAUUCCGGGGGUGGGGGAUAUACGGCUUUGAAACAGAAUUGUUUGAAAUUGUUGAUAAAAGCGCUCGUUUUUAGACAAGUGUGUCAACCANUAAACCCUCAAAUCUGACUUCAUCUGCAAACAACAUUGAUUCCGGGGGUGGGGGAUAUACGGCUUUGAAACAGAAUUGUUUGAAAUUGUUGAUAAAAGCGCUCGUUUUUAGACAAGUGUGUCAACCACUUUUGUCAGUUAUUAUAGCUCCAUACACUGGAACUGAGGUUUCUGGACGCAAAACUCGUUGUUGAAAAAAUUAACAUAUUAGUAGUCGACCGUACACUUCGUUUCCGAUUCAGAUGUCGUCUUGAUCACACACACUAGAGAAUUCUCGCCGCAUUUCUCUCUGGAAACGUGUAUCGUGGUGUUUUCUCGCAGGCGUAAAGGGAUUCACACUCACAUUGUGAAUGAGUUUCGUACGCGGAAAAUUUCAGUCGCUUUAAGGACUGGUUGUUUUAUGAACCCCAAGAUAGACAUCUUGAUUGCUGGCACAGCUCAAGAAAGCAACAUUGUCCUCUAUUUUAGCUUAGCCCGGCUCCAAUAGUCACGUGAAACCUGGCCCUCAAUCAUUCUUGUUGAUUGUUUGCUUUUUAGCGCCUUCGCCGGAGCCUCAUGGUUCACAUGACGUGGACAUGAUGGAUGCGUCCCAGUCCCCUAGCGGUGCGAGUUGGACAUGCAAACAUUGUACUUUUAUUAAUCAACAUGGGCACGAGAACUGUGACAUGUGCGGACUGCCUCAGCGCUAA